AUGUCUGAAACAACUGUCACCUACACAGCGUUUCGAGGUCUCUUCAGCGUUAUUUCGCACAUAUUUUUCCGCGAGAUCAAAACAAGCGAUGCGCAUCUUGUCCCGACAUCAGGACCUUGUAUAUUCAUUGUAGGCCCUCAUGCCAAUCAGUUUGUUGACGGUGUUGUCUUUAUGAGCAAAUGUCCACGACCUUCAUAUGCACUCAUGGCAGCCGUUUCUUACGAUAAACCAUUGAUUGGUCAUGUCGGUAAAAUCCUAAACGCUAUUCCUGUUGUACGACCUCAGGAUAUUGUCAAUAAAGGCACCGGCAAACUUUUCUACGACCCACAUCAUCCAUUACAAGUGAGAGGCGAGAAUACACUUUUCCUAUCCGAACUCGAUGUUCGUGAUUUUGUUAUUUUUGGCAGAAAUUACAAGGUUCAUGUGGCCCGUGUUCUAUCCGAUACCUUGUUGGAAAUCACACACGCCAUUAACAUCCCUCAAACUAAUGACGGCUAUACAUUCAAAAUCGCACCUCAUGUGGAUCAAACAGCCGUUUACGAUGAAGUUUAUCAUCAUCUCAACAACGGUGAAUGUAUCACCAUAUUUCCUGAAGGUGGAAGUCAUGAUCGUUCAGAGAUGCUGCCUUUGAAAGCAGGUUUUGCCGUCAUGGCUUUGGGAGCGGCUGCUGCAAACCCCCAUUUAAAUAUCAAAAUUGUGCCUGUCGGCCUCAACUAUUUUCAUCCUGAUAGGUUUAGGUCUCGUGCUGUUGUAUCCUUUGGUCAGCCACUCUCUAUCGACCCUGUAGACAUUGAUAAAUACAAGUUGGGAGGUAAAGACAAACGAGAAGCCGUAACAAAGCUUUUAGAUCUGAGUGACGAAGCCUUUAAAACGGUUACUGUUAAUGCACCCGACUAUGAUACCUUGAUGGUUAUUCAAGCCGCCAGACGCUUGUACGUAACUGAUACAACAAAACCCACCAUUGAGCAGGUGGUAAAGCUCAAUAGCCACUUCGUUUCGUUAUGGGCAAAACUGAAGGGCGAUCCCAGCCUUGAUAUUAUAGUGCGUAAAGUCAAAUCGUACAACGAUAUGUUGACCUUCUUUGGCAUCAGAGAUCAUCAAGUUGAAAAAUUGAAUGUUACACCGAUAAAAGCGUCUAUUUUGUUGGUGAAGCGAAUAGCUAAAUUAAUUGCCAUGGCUGGUCUUGGUACUCCCUCGUAA